GAUUUUCUCAUUCAUGUUCAAUAGCUACCAUCUUGAGGAUGUGAAAAUUUUGCUCCUGCAAGGUUGAACGCUGCUGAGGAUAUUGAUUCUGGCUAAAGUGAAAAGACCCAUUUCCGCUCGUUACAGUAGUACGAUGGUAGUUUAAGAGUGCGUCGACAACGCGUGAACACGAUAUCUGAACCAAAGUAGUGCAAGCUUGCAGCAAAAAAAAAAAAGAAAAAAUGGCUCCCAACGCUCGUUUGUGGAAGAGAGAUGCUGAGGUGGAGUCCGAUGCGGCAAAGCUUGCGGAUGUAGCUAGUACGCUGGCUACAAAAAUAUUCGGCCACAAGCAAAAGCACCACACGACCACCACGGAGUCUGAGCUUGAGAUGGAGGAGAACGAAGAUUUCAGCACAGCAUCCCCGACCAAGGGAGACGCGGAAAAGCUGGGCGAUAAGGCGGCCGAGAUGACCGAGGCGCUAGCGCACGAGAUGGGCAUUCCGACGUGGGGACUCGUGUCCAUCAUCAUCGCCGUAGUACUGAUCAUUUUGGGCAUCUGCGGUUUCUGCAUCCGGCGCUGCUUCCGAAAGAGACGAUCCAAAGAUGGCAAGAAGGGCAUGAAAGGAGUUGAUUUGAAAUCGGUACAAUUAUUAGGUUCAGCAUACAAAGAAAAGGUUCAACCCGACAUGGAGGAGCUGACCGAGAACGCCGAAGAAGGCGACGAGGGCGAAAGCAAACAGAGUGAGCAGAAGCUGGGCAAGCUUCAGUACAAGUUGGAAUACGAUUUCAAUUCGAACGCUCUCACCGUCACCGUGAUACAAGCGGAGGAGCUUCCUGCCCUAGACAUGGGAGGUACUUCCGAUCCCUACGUCAAAGUGUACCUACUGCCGGAUAAGAAGAAAAAGUUCGAAACCAAAGUGCACCGUAAAACGCUGAAUCCGGUGUUUAACGAGUCGUUUACCUUCAAGAGUCUCCCCUAUGCGGAAGCGAUGAACAAGACGCUGGUGUUUGCAAUCUUUGACUUCGAUCGCUUCUCCAAGCACGACCAAAUUGGAGAGGUAAAGGUUCCGCUGUGCCAGAUCGAUUUGGCCCAAACGAUCGAGGAGUGGAGAGAGUUACAGAGCGUUGAGGGUGAAGGCGGGCAGGAAAAUAAGUUGGGAGACAUUUGCUUCUCACUGCGCUAUGUACCCACUGCAGGUAAAUUAACUGUCGUUAUCUUGGAAGCGAAAAAUCUCAAAAAGAUGGAUGUCGGCGGCUUAUCAGAUCCGUACGUCAAGAUAGCGCUGAUGCAGAAUGGAAAGCGUUUGAAAAAGAAAAAGACUAGUAUCAAAAAAUGUACACUAAAUCCCUACUACAAUGAGUCGUUCUCAUUUGAAGUUCCUUUCGAACAAAUACAAAAAGUGAAUCUUGUCGUCACCGUAGUGGACUACGAUCGCAUCGGAACUUCGGAACCAAUUGGAAAGGUUGUUCUGGGCUACAACGCUAGCGGCACAGAGCUGCGUCAUUGGUCGGACAUGCUGGCAUCUCCCAGGCGCCCGAUUGCGCAGUGGCACACACUGAAAGAUCCGGACGAUGACAAGAAGGAUUAAGCAGCUUCAGCGAGCAUCUCCAGAAAAUCCAGGACGAAAUAGUUCGGAUCAAACCCAUCAACAAAGCAACAAAACACAGGUUGGCGACUAUGCAUACCUGGACAUGGCGUUGGUCAUGUUUCCAGUUGCGCUGUAAAAUAACCUCGAGAACAGUUCUUCGGUAUUCCCCUUAGCACAAUUUUGCCCCUCGGUUGGAUUUGCACCCUUCAUUUACAUUCCACCGCAAAGUGGGACUGUUAAAGCACACUACGGAUCGAUUCUGAAAACCCAAGUCUCGACGCUUCGGGAAAACAGUAGUAGCAUUCCUUUCGGAACGAGAACUAACUGCACUUGAAGAGAAUCGUAAACAAAGUUUUCUCGGUUUGUGCCCAUUCGACGCCCGCCGAAGCCUCAACAACUCUGUUCUCUGUUUCGAUUCACAAACUUCAGUGCUCGGGUUUGUCGUCAUUUUAUUUCCCCUUUUGUCUUCUCGAGAUGAUGAGCGAACUCACUCAUACCUUUACUCAGUUGGCGAAUUCCCCCGCCACGGUAUAUGUGUGUGCAUUUAUGAUUGCAGUGAAACUAAAUAUACGUUAACGAAAAGACGUUAAGAGAUUAAUGAUGAGGUGCGCGACAGCAGCAGCAGCAGCAUACUUGUGUAGAAUGCAAGCAAAACCCAUAUUUUCAUCGCAUCAAAAUAAGAUGGAAAACGAAAUAGAUUAGUGGUCACAGUCAAAAGGAAAAAAGUACCGUCUGUAUUUCUUGUUGAAUAAUAUAAAAAAAAACUAUUGACCUAUUUAUUGUUAAAUAAAUAAUCUAACUAAACAUAUUAGGCAUAUAUAACCAUGAAAAAGUUGAUAAUAUCUGAGCAAACAUAAGACAUGCAAGGCAGGCAGUAUUUGUACACGAAUAAUAUCAGUUCGGAUUACAGACACAAGCAGAUACAGUACACGGCAUAUAAUAUCGCAUAAAUUAUACACCACUCCAUGUAGCAGUGUAAGUGCAGGACAACAGGAUUGUAUUAAACUUUUAUCACCCAAUAGGACCGCGCUUUACGUUGACCGUUGAUAGUUCACUCUUCCGUUCCGUUUAGCAGUUGACAAGCGUUUGAACGUGUCGUGGUGUAGCAUCUAAUGAAUAUUGCAACAGGCAUUCAUCCCAACCCAACUCCGAACGUUCAUUCCGAUGAUGGUAUUUGACUUUAGAGAAGUAAAACGAUUAUUGCGUGUUCAAUGAUGUAGCUAAAACGUACAAGAUAGAUAUGAAUAUAUCUCUUUGUUUCCACCAUUUCUCUGAUGCAUUCACUAACGAUUCCAGUCAAGGAGAGAGAAAUAUUAAAGGGAUCCAAUUUCCAAGAUUAAAUCUAUGAAUAACAGGCUAUCUUAGCGCUAGCAGAACGAUAUACAACGGCUUUUAACAACAUAAUACCGAUAAAGCAAAAACAAAACAUCUGGAUCACUAGGACGAGUUGAAUGAAGGCAAGAUCUUUAAAAAUAUAACAAUAAUUAGACAUGUAUAAGAUAACCUUUACCUAUCAAGAACGCAUUGCGAGAGUAUGUAUAUUAAGAUAUUGUAAAUCAAACGCUAAUAAAGUAUUGAAGUGUAAAUUACAGAA